UAUUAAACUGGGGCAUUUGGGAGGUGCUGGGGAGAUGCGAAUGCUUUGUGCUGCUACUUGAUCUCUGGAGCUGACUCUGCUUCCCUCUGAGUUGAUGCUUUGGUUUCAGGGGAUGAGCGAGUCUUCCCUAAACUCAGGCCUGAAAAGACACCGUAGAGAGAUCACCAGAAUUAAAAAGAAUAAAUCAUCUGGGCCUAGGAACAAGACAGCUCAGGAACAGCAGUCCUUGGAGAUACGGAGAACAGAUCAAGGUACUGAGAAACAUGAAGGAGCUGGUACUUCUGGGAUUACCGAUCAGGAAAAGGAAUUGUCAAGCAGUGCAUUACAAGCUUUUCUGGCUGGCAACUAUGAUGCUUGUUUACAACACCUGAAUACCCUUCGAGACAUAAACAAAGAUGACUACAAAAUAACUUUGAAUACUGCUGUUGCAGAGUUCUGUAAAAGUAACCAGACUACAACAGACAAUUUGAGACAAACCCUUAACCAGCUGAAGAACCAGGUUCACUCUGUUGUUGAAGAAAUGGAUGGUUUGGAUGAUGUUGAAAACAGUAUGCUGUACUACAAUCAAGCUGUUAUUCUGUAUCAUCUGCGUCAGUAUACUGAAGCUAUAUCAGUUGGGGAGAAGCUGUACCAGUUCAUAGAGCCUUUCGAAGAGAAGUUUGCCCAGGCUGUCUGCUUCUUGCUUAUAGACCUAUACCUUCUAACUUACCAAGCUGAGAAAGCCUUGCAUUUGCUUGCUGUUCUGGAAAAAAUGAUUUCACAGGGCAACAGUAACAGCAAGAAUGGAAAAAAUGAGUCGGGUAAUAAUACAAAUAAAGAUUCCUCGAAUCAAAAAGCUGAAAGCGGAGCUUUAAUAGAAGUUGCUAAAUCUAAGAUACAUCAGUAUAAGGUGAGAGCCUAUAUCCAGAUGAAGUCACUAAAAGCAUGCAAAAGGGAGAUCAAGUCUGUAAUGAAUACAGCUGGGAAUUCAGCUCCUUCUCUCUUUCUUAAGAGCAAUUUUGAAUAUUUGAGGGGCAAUUAUCGUAAAGCAGUCAAACUUUUAAACAGUGCAAACAUUGCUGAACAUCCGGGCUUCAUGAAAACAGGUGAAUGCUUAAGGUGUAUGUUCUGGAACAACCUUGGCUGCAUCCACUUUGCAAUGGGAAAGCACAAUUUAGGAAUUUUUUACUUUAAAAAAGCCUUGCAAGAGAAUGAUAAUGCAUGUGCACAACUAGGAAUGGGCAAUUCAGAUCCAGGUAAAAAAUUUUCAGGGAGACCCAUGUGUACACUACUGACUAACAAACGGUAUGAAUUGCUCUACAACUGUGGAAUUCAGCUCUUGCACAUUGGGAGACCCUUAGCUGCCUUUGAAUGCCUGAUUGAGGCAGUCCAGGUUUAUCACUCAAACCCUCGUCUUUGGCUAAGAAUAGCAGAAUGCUGCAUUGCUGCCAAUAAAGGGACAUCAGAACAAGAGACUAAAGGUCUUCCAAGCAAAAAGGGAAUUGUGCAAUCUAUAGUAGGUCAAGGCUACCACCGUAAGAUAGUCCUAGCAUCCCAGUCAAUACAGAAUGUUGUUUAUAACGAUGGGCAGUCCUCAGCAAUACCUGUAGCAAGUAUGGAAUUUGCAGCAAUCUGCCUAAGAAAUGCCUUGCUGCUGCUCCCAGAAGAUCAGCAGGAGCUAAAGCAAGAAAAUGGAUCUAAAACUAGUAAUCAGCUGGGGGGAAAUACAGAGAACAGUGAAAGCAGUGAAGCAUGCAGCAAUAAAAGUCAUGAAGGGGAUAAAUUCAUUGCAGCUCCACCUUCUUCGCCUUUGAAGAAACAAGAAUUAGAAAAUUUAAGGUGCUCAAUACUUGCGUGUAGUGCUUACGUGGCUCUGGCUUUGGGUGAUAACCUUAUGGCAUUGAAUCACGCAGAUAAACUUCUUCAGCAACCAAAGCUGUCAGGGUCUCUUAAGUUUCUUGGGCAUUUGUAUGCAGCAGAAGCUCUCAUCUCUUUAGACAGAAUAUCUGAUGCCAUCACUCAUUUGAACCCGGAGAAUGUCACUGAUGUUUCCCUUGGGAUCUCUUCAAAUGAGCAGGAUCAAGGGUCAGACAAAGGAGAAAAUGAGACAAUGGAAUCUUCUAGCAAGCAGACCCCACAGUGUUACCCCAGUUCAAUCACAUCUGCACGAACAAUGAUGUUAUUUAACCUUGGAAGUGCUUACUGCUUGAGGAGUGAAUAUGACAAAGCUCGAAAGUGUCUUCAUCAGGCUGCUUCUCUGAUCCACCCCAAAGAGAUCCCUCCGGAGGCUAUUCUGCUGGCUGUGUAUCUUGAAUUGCAGAACGGUUCACUGUGUUUGCAUGGAAGAAAAACCCAAACUAUAUAAUGGGGAACUGGAAAGACUGCACUUCAGUUCUGCAGCAUGAGCAGACUAGUGCAGCUGUGCUACACUGUCAUGGUUGUGGACCUGUGCCCCUUGGUGCUUAAUGUCCUCAUGCUAUGAAAUGUUCAGUGUGCUUGUUUCCCUUCAGUUGUCUCGCAUUGCAGGCAAGCAGUGCACUCGAGCAUUUGUAAUCAGAAUUGAGACUUCUACAACGCCUUUCUUACAGAGGUAUUUCCAAGUCGGAAUUUUGGAAACCUUUGUUUCUGCAACAAAGUAGUACAGAGCAGAAGAGAGCAGAAAGUGGGAUUUACAUCUCUCCUUUGAAAAUAUAUAAUCAAACAGAGCUACAGGCAUUCUUUUUUGUUCUAUAAAUGGCAACAGAACACUGUAUCUCUUCUGAAACAAAAACUUUA